AAAAUCAAAAAACGAAUUGAAUGUGCAAAAGCAAACUGAAUGCGCAUCAAUAAAUAACAAUACACAAAACAAACGAGAAACAACAAAUGCAAAUGGAGCAACACGCAAACAUAUCGAGAAGCAUGAAAACAAAGAGAGCAGCGCAUAACACAAACGAAGGCGGAUAAAACAGAGAAACCUGAAGUUCAUCGCGGUUUAAUCCCGCAGCUUUUCAACGAAUGGUGGGGUGCAGCAAGCAAGAAUGCUGUAAGGAUGUUCAGCAGACCAGCUCGACAGCUGACGGUUUGGACCCGCAACAUUUUUUCCCUUCAGAGGCCCAGUGUGCAAGCGAUGGCCCUGCACGGUAUUGUGGACUCGAAUUCACAGAAGGAUGGAAAGCUCCAAGGCAAGGUGGCUGUGGUCACUGCAUCCACAGAAGGAAUCGGUUUUGCAGCUGCUCGUAGCCUGGCUCAGGAAGGAGCAUCAGUAGUCCUCAGCAGCCGCCAUAGAGAGAAUGUGGAGCGUGCUGUAGCUGAACUACGCCGUGAGAAUCUCAGUGUCACUGGCACCACUUGCCAUGUUGGCAAAAGUGAGGACAGGGAGAGACUUGUCAGCAUGGCAGUGAAAGAGUAUGGUGGAAUUGAUGUUUUAGUCACAAAUGCAGCCGUUAAUCCAUUUGUCGGUAAUAUUCUGGACUCCACAGAGGAAGUGUGGGACAAGAUCUUGGAUGUCAAUGUCAAAGCUACAUUCCUGUUGACAAAACUGGCUGUGCCGCAUAUGGAAAAACGAGGUGGGGGCUCAGUUGUCAUAGUGUCCUCGAUUACUGGCCUUAAGCCUUUGCAGCUCUUAGGUCCCUACAGCGUUAGUAAAACAGCCUUGUUGGGCCUGACAAAGGCACUGUCACUUGAGCUGGCUCCAAUGAAUAUCCGUGUGAACUGUGUGGCACCAGGAUUGAUCAAAACAAAUUUCAGCAGUAUUCUGUGGAAAAAUGAAAGUGUCAAAGAGGAAUGUUUGAGUAAAAUAAGCAUGAAGAGGAUUGGUGAACCCAAGGAGAUUUCUGCAGUGAUCUCUUUCUUAUGUUCUGAUGAUGCCAGCUACAUAACUGGAGAGACCAUAGUUGCAGCCGGUGGAGUAAAGACAUGAUUGUAGACUGAAGAUGACUUUUCAUCAGUUUGAUUUUGUAUUUUUUUUCCUUAAACAUUAAUAAAAUAUAGCCAAUGUG